CGACGCUGUUGAGCUGGGAGGCGCGGUUGGAAGUCGUUACUUUGAGGGGGGGGACAGUCACCGGCUAGGGGAGCUCAGAGGCAGCGAUCUACCUUAGUCGGAGCUCGAAAGGGAACGGCUCAGGGACCAGGGUGGGCUACUUUUUUUUCUUCCGGGGCUUUUGAUUUUCCUUGUCUUUUGCUUCGGGCCGAUUGUCGCUCACAAAAAAAAAAAAAAAAAAAAAAAAAAAACCUAAGACCCCCUUGCCAAAACCCCGAGCAGCUCUCCGGUUGAUUUCUGGAACUCGGAGCCGCCGGGUGCUGCGAGCGCCGGACGCGCAGGAGAGGGGAGUAUAGCAUAUCGCGGGCGGGGACCAGGAGCUCGCUCUACCGCUUGUCGCCCAGCGGGUCCUCUCGCGCAGGAAGCGCGCGAUGAAGGCGGUGAGCCCGGUGCGCCCCUCGGGCCGCAAGGCGCCGUCGGGCUGCGGCGGCGGGGAGCUGGCGCUACGUUGCCUGGCGGAGCACGGCCACAGCCUUGGUGGCUCGGCAGCCGCCGCCGCCGCCGCGGCAGCAGCGCGCUGCAAGGCGGCCGAGGCGGCGGCCGACGAGCCCGCGCUGUGCCUGCAGUGCGAUAUGAACGACUGCUACAGUCGCCUGCGGAGGCUCGUGCCCACCAUCCCGCCCAACAAGAAAGUCAGCAAAGUGGAGAUCCUGCAGCACGUUAUCGACUACAUCCUGGACUUGCAGCUGGCGCUGGAGACUCACCCUGCUCUGCUGAGACAGCCGCCACCGCCCGCGCCACCGCUCCACCCGGCCGGGGCUUGUCCGGUCGCGCCGCCACGGACCCCACUCACCGCGCUCAACACUGACCCGGCCGGCGCAGUGAACAAGCAGGGCGACAGCAUUCUCUGCCGCUGAGCUGCGAUGGAUGGCCAGGUGUGCGGCCGCCUGAGCACAAGCGAGCCAGGAGCCCUAGAAAGGGAGGGCCAAAGCCGAAAUGAAGAGAAACAAGCCACCAGAGGAAAGGGGGAAAAUCUUCAACAAAUCUAGAAAUGUCGUCUCGUCUUGUCAUUCCAAGAGAGAGAGAGAGAGAAGAAGGGGGAAAAAUAAUAAAACUUUUACUUUUACUUUUUUUGCACGUUCAGGAGCAUUCACCGUACGUAUUCUCUUUCGUUUCUUUUAUGACCGCUGUGAAUUGUACGUUUCUGUGGUUAUUUUUAUCACCCUUUUGAAGGUGCAGUUAAACUUCGAAGCUUAAGUGUUGUCGACCAGACUGCUAAGUAGAAGACCAAUAGUGAAUCCAACUUUAGAGGUUACAUUGUGACAAGGGAAAUGUUUUUGUUUUUGAAGCUUUACUAAUAUACCAGAGCAUUGUAGAUACGUUGUUUUACAUCUAUUGUUUAAAAUAGAUGAUUAUAACAGGGCGGGGAACUUUUUCUCUGCAAGAAUGUUACAUAUUGUAUAGAUAAGUGAGUGACAUUUCAUACCCUGUAUAUAUAGAGAUGUUCUAUAAGUGUGAGAAAGUAUAUACGCUUUAAUAGACUACUGUAAUUAUAAGAUAUUUUUAAUUAAAUAUUUUUUGUAAAUAUUAUGUGUCUGUUUUUUUAAAAUCGAUGGGAAUAUUUCUUUUGGAAAAUUAUUUUUCAGCUCCCUUGCAGAGCUUUUAAUAUCUGGACAUUUUCUGUUUGGCCAGGCUGUUGGUUGAUUUGGUUUCUUUUGUUUUUGUUUUUGUUUUGCCCAGUAUCCAGUAUCUGAGACUUGCCCAGUAUCCAGUAUCUGAGGCUCUCUGGUACUGGUCUUGGUCUUGCAUGGUUGCAUGAGAUGUUCAAUCACAAAAUAAACCUAAACCGGUUAUGAGUCCUUUCAAAUGUGCUUUCUUUAACCUAGAUGGAAACCUUUGUAUUUCAAGUGUACAUGGUGAAAACCGACCUUCUUGGGUUUUAAGUACAGGGUUUUAUAGUGUAAUAUAUAAAGAAUUAAGUGUGUGGGAUUUUUUUUUAUUAUUAUUCUUUUUGAUCUGAGGUCAAAAAUAGAUUCUGAGUGAAUUUGCAUAUAGGAUGGAGAAAUGUUUGGACCUUUAAGAUGUCUACAGAACUGCUGUCUUUUCAGUGAAAAUGCUCGUCCUUCAUUUUACACUAAAGCAUAAUGUCAUGAAGUUUCAUAUCUGUACAGAUUAUUUAAAUCAUAGAAAUGAAAAAUGUUCUCUGCUUGCUACCAAAGGACAAACUCUUGGAAACGGACAUUUUCUGCCCUCCUCCCUCCAAAGAAUAUUAAUAGGCAUCAGUAGGAGAAAAAGAAAAAAGAAAAAAAAUACUGGAAAAUCCUUCAAGCAGGGAUAAAAGUCGAUCUUCAAAUAUUAACUUAAGUAGACCAAAAAAUCUGAUGACCACAUCUAGAUUAUUUUUCUAUAAAAAAAAUGAUUUUCACUAUAGUGAUGUUAGUCACCACUAAGCUACUGUCCAAUUCCAUGUGAUGUGUAACUUUUACAUGUGAAAAUUAAAAGUAGAUUUAUCUGUCUUGUA